AUGGGAUAUGGCCGCUUUGCGCUGGAGGUUGUGGAAGCAGUAGUUGACGAGAUCGGAGCUGAUAGAGUAGGAGUGAGACUCUCACCCUUUGCCGACUACGUCGACUGCUGGGACUCGAACCCAGAAGCCCUAGGGCUCUGCAUGGUGCAAUCACUUAACAAGUACAACAUCCUCUAUUGCCACAUGGUUGAGCCUAGAAUGGCUUUUAUGGAGAGGAAGCACCGAAUGGGCUUUGUGGACGAAAAGCGCCAAAUCCCUCGUAAGCUGUUUUCGAUGAGAAAAAUUUUUACUGGAACUUUUAUUGCUGUGGGAGGAUACGAUAGAGAAGAAGGAAAUAAAGUGGUGGAUGAAGGUUAUACUGACCUUGUCGCUUAUGGUCGCAUGUUCUUGGCUAAUCCCGAUUUGCCAAAGCGGUUUGAGCUUAAUGCGCCGCUUAAUAAGUAUAAUAGGCUCACUUUUACCAUACCUGAUCCUGUUGUUGGGUACACGGAUUACCCAUUUCUUGAGUAG